AUGAGCGCAUAUCUUCAGAACCCCCUGACCGAAUUCCUUGCCGAAUCUAUCAUUGUCGGUGAGGAUCUCCCUCAGCCAAUGGACAGUGGAGAGCUUGAUAUCAAAGAAAACAGGUUCCAAGCUGAUGACUACCUAAACUUUGAGCGGUUUUCUAUGUCUUCAAACGACUUUUUAGACUCCGAUCACCAUCAGUCACUUGAUGCCACUGCUGUCAAUAGCAAGGCGUCGUCUGCCACGCCUACAUUGAGCGGCUCAGUUGACCCGAGACAUGUUAUGCUGCCUAACGGACUGAAUCCUGGAUUCGAAUCACAAGUUUUUGCGUCCGGGAAUGAGGAGGUACCCACCGAUAAUACCUAUUUGAGUCCUCGCAGAUCUGGCCAUUUUACGCCGGUGAGCUUUGAUAUUAUGGGCGAUGACGGGUUGCAAAUAAACGGUUUCACACCGUCUCAUUUCGACAGAGGUGCAUAUAGUUCAUUGCCCCCGAGCCAGCCACCUAGUCUACCACCGAGCCAGCCGUCCAGCAGGCCACCUAGCCCAGGCCGAAGCUACCCGCCGACAGCGUUCAGUCAUUUGAGCUCACAACUAGCGGCACAGCAGCAACAUCAAAGCCCACACGUACCACAGUUGAAUGGAGGCUUCGUACAACAGGUACCUAUAAUACCUAACUCUCGGACAACAGCAUCGGCCGGAGCAUCGGCCGGAGCAUCGGCAGCUUCUUCAUACAAUGCUUUGAACUUCUACAGCCAACCCAGUCAGGCAUCGUUAAGCCGCCACCCGGGUCUCCAUAGAGCUGGCUCUACUUCUAACGCACAGGCUCUUGUUUCAGACCCUAAUUUGGAUCUGUUCCAUGAGGUCGUUCCGGACUUGUUCGGAACCGGGUCCGGGUUCUCUGGAUUCAGCAGUCCCUAUGAUUCAAGCUCUCAAAGUGCUUUUGCACAUAUGAAAGUCAGCAGCUCAUUUGGUCCAGGCUCUUUUGGAAGCAACCUGGCUGCCGCUGCCUCUUCAUAUCAACGGUCCUCUCUUCAGACGACCCCAAUGGGGUCAUUGGGCGGUGUUAAUGGAAUUGACAUGCUUCCGGGCAGUAGCCAAGUUCCCAUUCCUUCUUCUCCACUUCCUCGAAGCGGCUCACAAGUCUCGCUUUCCGGUAGCGUCGGCUCUCUGGGACGUCGUAACACAUCUGUCUCAUCGGCGGGCGGCAUCUCUAAAAGCCGGCCGCUUUCGAGAUCGUCAUCUACUGUUGAUGCCGCAGGAAAGACUCGAAGAGCAGCCAAUAAUGAGAAAUUGCAAUGUACAAACUGCAGCACCCGCAACACACCACUCUGGCGCCGCAAUAGCGAGGGCCAGCCAUUGUGCAAUGCUUGUGGGUUGUUUUUGAAAUUACACGGACAAGAACGGCCACUGAGUCUCAAGUCUGACGUUAUCAAGAAACGUAACCGUAACGCUUCAACAAACAGCAGUCGAGUUUCUGCCGAAGCCGAGAGCUCGUCCCCCGCCGCCUCAACCAACUCGCGCAGAAAUAGCAGCACAGCGCACGUGGGCGAUACGAGGCUGACAAGUAAAGUUAAAACUGAAAAGCCAGUCUUGAUUGCACCCAAACCGCUCAAGGAGAACACUCCCUCGUCUUUCCAGGGCGGACCCUCGCCGCUUUCCCAAAAUAGCGGGCCCUCGCCUGCUCCCACGUCCGGCACGUCAAGCAGCACCUCUCCCUUUUCUAAUGGGACCUCUCCAGCAAGUGUCACCUCUCCUAAUAACUUCAUUUCUCCCCGACACGUGCUGGCGACGGCUCCCCCAAGUGGUUCUACGACCCCGUCCUAUUUAGGCCAAGUAUCUGCUGGUCAGGCUCAGUCGAAAUGGGGCUGGGAGAAUGUAUAG